AUGGCGCCAGAUCUCAACUCUAUUGGCAAGGACGGCCAAUGGGACUAUUCAACCCCGGGCUCAACUGGGUACAAUAUCCCAGAUAUCGCUUACGAUGUACGUUCUUUGCAUAUGGUAAAGUUGAGGGUAUUGACGAUCGGCACUGGUGUGUCCGGGAUCCAGGCGGCAUACCAGAUCCAAAAGAAUUGUGAGAAUGUUGAGCAUGUCAUGUAUGAAAAGAACGCAGGCCUGGGAGGGACCUGGUUAGAGAAUCGUUAUCCUGGUGCCGCUUGCGAUGUUCCGUCCCAUGCCUAUACCAUGAACUUUGCUCUCAACCCAGACUGGCCCCGCUUCUUCUCACACGCCCCGGAUAUCGAGGCGUAUCUUCGCAAGGUAUGCGAGGUAUUUGAUCUUCUGAAGUACAUGACUUUUAACACUGAGGUCAUCCGCGCCGAAUGGCAAGACAAUACUGGAAAGUGGAAAGUUAGUCUUCGACAGAAGACACCAUCCGGCGAGACGAGAGAGUUCGAAGAUGAAUGCGACCUGCUACUUUACGCGACUGGAUUCCUGAACAGCUAUAAAUGGCCAAAGAUCAAAGGCGUUGACAAGUUCAAGGGACGAGUAGUCCAUACAGCUGCAUGGCCGGAGGACUAUCAGAAGGAACAAUGGGCCAACGAUCGGGUGGCGAUCAUCGGAUCUGGAGCUUCGUCAAUCCAAACAGUGCCAAACAUGCAACCUUUCGCUAAGCAUCUGGACGUUUUUGUGCGCACGGGUGUUUGGUUUGUUCAGGUUGCUAACAACUACGGCCAAAACAAAGAGUACUCGCAAGAAGAGCGUGAUGCAUUCCGCAAUGACCCGAAAAAGCUUGUCGCGCAUGCCAAGGACAUUGAGAAUCAAAUCAACGGGGGUUGGGGAGCAUAUUACACUGGGUCAGAAGCCCAGAAGAAGGCGCAAGACUUCUCGAAAGGGAGAAUGCAAGACUUCAUCAAGGAUAAGAGGCUGUUGGAGGGGUUCACGCCCAAGUUCGAAGUUGGCUGCCGUCGUGUUACACCUGGAGAUCCUUACAUGGUAGCCAUCCAGAAAGAAAACGUCGACGUGCAUUUCACGGCUGUCGAAGAGAUCACUGAGAAGGGCGCGAUUGGCGGGGACGGCGUCGAGCGCGAAGUUGACACAAUCGUCUGUGCAACAGGCUUUGACGUGAGCUACCGCCCGCGUUUCCCAGUCAUUGGUAAGAACGGUGUCGAUCUGCACGACAAGUGGAAGACUGAACCGCUUUCCUACCUUGGUCUGGGAUGUCCGGAUAUGCCCAACAUGAUCAUGUUUGUUGGACCUACUUGGCCUGUGGAAAACGGUUCCGUGACUGGCCCGCUUCUAAGUGUCGCUGAGUACGCGCUCCAAGUCAUCAAGAAAAUGCAGCGCGAUCACAUCAAGUCUUGGGUCCCGCGCCAGGACAUUACAGACCGCUACAACGAGCAUGCGCAAGAAUGGAUAAAACACACUGUGUGGAAAUCUGACUGCAGAGCGUGGUAUCGCGACAACGAUACAGGCCGAGUGAAUGCCAUAUGGCCCGGCUCCUCAAAUCACUACGCGGAAAUCAUUGCCACCCCUCGCUACGAAGAUUUCGAGAUCGAGUACCAGCACAAGAACCCAUGGGCGCACAUCGGCAUGGGCUCCUCGAUGCGCAACAUCAACUUCCCCAACUCCGACGUAUCGCCGUAUCUACAAGUGGAAAACAUCGAUCCGAAGUGGCUGCACGCAAUAGGGUACAGGGGUCCUGCGUUGGAGGUUGAGAACAAGAGGGAAGAAAAGGAGAAGCCUGCGGUUGAGGAAAAGUCGGAUGAGAAGUCUGGCGGAGAGAAGAAAGCGGCAGAGAAGGCAGGGACAGAGUAAUGUAGUGCAAACAAGCUCUCGACUCAUCGAAACAACAAAGCAUAUAACAGCCUGGCAUCUCAACUUAAAAUUAAAAUUGAAUUAUUAUGUCUAGAUAAUC